AUGAAGCUCCAUUUGUGGCAUUCUAAACUGGAAUGUGAGAAUUUUGCACCAUUUCAGAACCUCAAUACUUUCCUUGAUGACGGCCUUCAAGUUGAUGCUAACAUCCUCAAUAUAAUGAAACAGCAUGUCUUAAUUCUUCAAACUGAAAUUCAAAGAUACUUCCCCGACCUACAAAACUUCGAAAAAGUUCAUCAUUCCAUCACCAAUCCCUUUGCAAUCUCUGUUGUUGACCUUCCCUCAGAAGAUCACAUCAUUCAAGAACAGUUCAUUGACUUGCUGAAUGAUGGCGGUACCAAAAACGCCUUCUGUAACAUGUGUUGCAGUGAAUUCUGUAUUGAAAUGAUGCAGACAUAUCCAGAUGUCACCAAAUUGGCCCUCAAAUUCAUCAUUCCAUUCGCAACAACAUAUGAAUGUGAGAUGGCUUUUGCAACUUUAUUCGCAAUUAAAACAAAGGCUCAUAAUAAACUGCAUGUUACACAUGACAUGAGAGUUGCAUUAUCAAAAACGCAGCCUAAUUAUUGA